AGUCACACUUUGUCCGUCAGUGAUACACAGCUACUGACCCAAAUUCUAAGACACUAAAAGUUGUGGGGUCGCGACGCACGUGUCAAAACAAAACUCGCCAUAUUGUCUUCUUGGUCGAUCAAAGCUUUGCUGGAACACGCAGUAGCAGUUAAGUAGCAGAACGAGGGGCGAUGUGGAGCGUCUCGACACCGUUGUUCUUGUUUUUCUGCGGGGCAAGUUUCUUCGUCAUAGGUACCUGUGCUGUGAAGUCAAGAUUUGCGUGCGAGGGUGAGAAGUUACGCUUGCGCUGUGAAAGUGACUACGUCCUUCGUGUAUUCAAUGCCAAAUAUGGUCGUUUAGAGCCUGGGAGUUCAAUAUGUCCACACGAGAAUAUCACUGACUUUAACUGUCAGGCGGAAGGUGUGCUAUUGAAAGUUAUGGCAAUGUGUACCAAUAGAAGAAGGUGUAUCAUAAAAGCGGACAGUUCUUUUUUUCGAGAUCCUUGUCCUGGCACAUACAAGUAUCUGGAGGUUAUUUAUGGAUGUGUUCCUGGCGAUAAUUGGACUCCGACACCAACGUCGAAAAAGUCAAAGACGAAACCUCGUUUUAACAGAACGACUCUAGUAACCAUGAAAUCGCCAAUAACAAAAAGACCUAGUCUAAAGAGUUCAACGGACAGCACAACUGGUAAAAAUAGUUCGAUAAACAACAUCAGCGGAACGAAUCAAUCUAACACAAAAAGAGAAUUUUUACCAACGAGAAAAUCUACCACCCUUAGCUUCCUAUCCACUUGGACCACGAAGAAAAAAAAGUCACUUCCAAAAGCUCCAGAUUCAAAAGCCUCAGGCAGGGAAGGUGAGGAAGGCGUGAUUUUUGUCCUGCUGAGAUCUGUGUACGUCACAUACAGGUUCAUUUCAGAACAAUCACGCGAUACCCUGGUCGUAUUCUUGUCGGGAGUGGCUGGUGCCACUGUUUUGUUGCUUUUGUUUCUGUUAGCAAUUCAUCUUUGCAAGAAAAAAUUAAGGAAGAGAAAAUUUUCCAUGGUUAAAAGAGAAGACGAAGAUGAAGUGAACAAAAUAAAGAGUGUGACUAUAGAACUGCAAGGAAAUGGUGACGAAACCAAAGAAAUAAACGUCAACCCAGGAGAUAUCAUUAUCAUUGAUCACAAUGACGAUGAUCGAGCAGGAAGCGAGGAUCUUGGUUAUCUAUCGGAAAUAGUUCGAUUUUAUAACAGUCAGAACAUCGGCAGCGACGACCAGAUAUCGAUUAGAAAGCAAUUUUCCGCUUGUGACAGUCCCUCGGUUAUUUCGACCGAGGCAAGUGAAAGUAGAGACAGCAAAUAUGGUUCAGUUGGAAUGAAGCAUUGCACUUGCCAACAUGAGUCCUUAUUGCGCCCCUCUUCCCCACUUGGUAUUAUAUAAUACGCGAAAAGGCUCAAGCAGCAACUGUAGACGAGUUAUCCGUGGCUUCACUGUUGUGAUCAAAAAUUUAUGUCAUAAAGGAUGCGAGAAACAAGACUAGUUGAAAAUGCAAGAUGAGAGAGCUAUGCUUUCUAAGCGGCCGCGCCAGAUCUACUCAAGAUUUGAUAUCUGAUAUAAGCAUGCCUGGUCAGUGAGUAACUGCUUUGGUAUUGCAUUGAUGAGGUGCUGAGAACUGACAUUCUCCCCACUAAACAUUUUAGGUUGGUAAAAAGUAGCACCGUAAUGAAAAAGAUAAGAGAUUCUCAAUGACCUUGCACCAUCCACCGUCUUGUCCUUCCCGUUGCGAUUUUUUUGUUUCUUCUGUUUUUACACUUAAGGUAAUGGAUACCUUUGGUUUAAAAAGAGGGACUUUUAUGAUAACUAAGAAUUUCUAUUGAGUUCGUUUAUUUUAGUAAAUUUUAUUUUAUGGGCAGGCCUGAACUAGACUUAAUCAAUCAACAUUUAACACAAAUCUAACUUAUCGGAAAAUUUUAACCAACUGAAUACUGAAGAGGUGAAACACCUUCAAGUUAACUAUUUUGAAUAAUACAUUACUACUGCACCUUCUUGAACAUUCGAAAAAGUAAUUAGAAUGGCUGUGUCAUUCAUUUAGCGAAGCAUGACGUUGAAACUUAGCUAAUGUAUUACUUGAACUUUGGAGUUUAGCGGCAUCACAGGGCAACUAAAACAAAGGAGAAAAUUUAAAAUGGCGCGAGCAAUCAAAAAAAGCCAACUUGAAACCACUUCUGGUAAGAGAGUGCAAAGGACGUGCUCGAAUAAUUUCAGGACAUGGCCAAUGUAUUUUUACCUUUCUGACUUGUUGUGAGCUAUGUUUGAGAAUAAUCAGUCCUAGUUUCGGUUGAGUUUUGCAAUACUUUAUUCUGAUUGACUUUACACAUAUCUUCAAGUAACAACAGUAAGUGAAAAUACUGUAAAUAUCCAUGUUAUUUUUGUAACGAGUGACACUUAUUUUUCUGUAAAUAAAUUGAAACAACAUCUGAACUAGCCUCUCCUUCUAAUUUAGGAUGAGGAAAAGUGAUUCUCAAACGAAAUUACUCACGAUAGCGUAGAAUCUUUCUAGAACUUGUGUUUCUGGCUAAAAAGAAAGCUCAUAGCGCGAUAGGUGGAAAUAUGAAUAUAUCUAACAAGCGUCAUUUUCCCCGAAAACACUUUUAUAGGAGGUCAGUUUGAUAUAUGUAAAAGCCCACUGAAAAUCCCAAAUUAUUUAGUGGGAGACUCUACUAGCUGAAUAUUUGUAUGCGGUCAUUAAAACAAUCAGUCAGUACAAUCUUGUUAUCACGGAGAACGGCUGAAGAGGUUGGUCUCUUUAAUUUUCCCACCUUAUGUCCCUUUCCCCCAAAUUUUGAGACAAGUGUGCCAUUUAAUUUGAUUAUCUGAACUCUGUGAUUUAAUGAAUCACAAAUCAUCAGUUCUCCGGGUUUGUAAACUGAGACAUAAGA